GUUAACGUAACGUACACGCGUAUCGUAGUAAUUUUUCGAAAUGGCCCGUACCAAGCAGACCGCUCGUAAAUCCACCGGUGGUAAAGCGCCCCGUAAACAGCUCGCCACCAAGGCGGCCCGCAAGAGCGCGCCAGCCACCGGGGGCGUCAAGAAGCCCCAUCGUUACAGGCCCGGCACCGUCGCCCUCCGUGAGAUCCGUCGCUACCAGAAGAGCACCGAGCUUCUGAUCCGCAAGCUGCCCUUCCAGCGUCUGGUGCGUGAGAUCGCUCAGGACUUCAAGACCGACCUGCGCUUCCAGAGCUCUGCCGUUAUGGCUCUCCAGGAGGCCAGCGAGGCUUACCUAGUAGGUCUCUUCGAGGACACCAACCUGUGCGCCAUCCACGCCAAGCGUGUGACCAUCAUGCCCAAGGACAUCCAGCUGGCUCGCAGGAUCCGCGGUGAACGUGCCUAA